GAGGUCAUUCUCGUCGUGCACUUCACGAUAAAUCAGCCGAUCGUAUACGCGAUUCCAUUCCCGUCUUCGAGGAAGAUCUUGCGUUCGGCAAAACGCUCUUAACGACGGAUGAUUAAGAGGCAAUCAGUUGUCGCGUGCCGCCAGCGAUCUGUUAUAGGAACUGAAAUCUCUGUAAUUCCCUGUGUGAUUUCGAUCGAAAUCGCUGUAAUUCCGGUAGUUUCGAUUUUUAAUGUGCGAAUCUUCCACGCAAAUUAUCGUCACGAAGAACGAUAAUAAAAUAAUGUAAGGAAUACGCCGAUCUGGUUUACGAGACCGAGAAAUCGCCGACUUUACGUAUCAAUGCCGGCUCGAAUAGAGUUUCCCGCUGCGCCGUCGUCGAGACACCUUUAAUUAUCGGCGGAAUCCAAGCGAAACCAGCGGAAUUUCCGCAUAUGGCGGUGAUCGGUUAUGGCAAGCACGACGUGUCCUGGCAAUGCGGAGGAAGCAUCAUCUCCGAGAAUUUUAUUCUAACCGCGGCGCACUGUAUGGAAUCCCCGGACAAGGGUCCCGCAAGCAAAGUGCGAGUCGGCUUAAUUGAUUUGGUAAUUCCGGGCGACGCUAUGCAGGAGAGAGACGUCGCGGAAAGAAUUAAGUAUCCGGAGUACAAGUCUUCGGUCAAGUACCACGAUAUAGCGUUACUCAAGCUCGACCAUCCGCUGGAAUUGAAUCCUCGAGUGCGACCCGCAUGCCUCGAAACAAACUCCCAGAUACCGGGCAAAAGCGCUAUUGCUUCUGGGUUUGGAAAAACAUCCUACGAAUCCAAUAUUGGUAGCAACGAAUUGAUGAAGGUCCAGUUGAAUUACAUUUCCGAUGAUAACUGCAAAAAGGCUUACGCCGAAGAUAUUGGCACUCGACGGCUGCCAGACGGCUUGAUAUCGAGCUUCCUUUGCGCCGGUAUAAUGGAGGGCGGCAAAGAUACCUGUCAGGGUGACAGUGGUGGUCCAUUGCAAAGAGUUCUCGCAGAACCUUACUGCAUGUACAGCAUCGUGGGUGUGACGAGCUUCGGCAAGUUCUGCGCCUUUAAAGAUUCGCCCGCGAUAUACACUCGAAUUAGUUCUUAUCUCGAUUGGAUUGAGAAUACCGUUUGGCCGUAAAAAUCGAACAUGAAAACCGGAUCAAUAAACGCGCGGAUCUCGAAAUUUAAUUUCAAUUAACAGUUUCGAUG